AUCGAUAUCUAUUACGGAAAAUCUCCUUGCAGAAAGUGUGCAUCGAAAAUCGAUCGAUCGUAAUUUACUACGCAAUUGUUACACAUUAUACUAUUACUAUUGUGAAAAAAAUAACACUAUGAAAAUACGAGAGAGAAAAAUACUUGCGUAAAUAAUAUAUCGAGGCGAGGUGUAGUCGAAUGAUUCUUCGAGUUUUAUACGACAGUCGAUAUCUGACUAGAAAUAUGGACGUAUUCGACAAACACUAUCGUACCUAUCGUACUGUGUUGAAAAUCCUAGGAUUAUGGCCGUACAAUAACUCGGUCUAUGUAUGGAUUCAGAGAUUGUUAUUAUUGACGCUCUAUCUUGGAAAUGUAAUAUUUCAGAUUGUGUCACUUUUAAGAUCUGAAAUUACCUUACGAAACUGUAUUUUAAUAUUGUCUACGACUUGUCCACUUAUAAUAACUUUGCUACGAUAUAUAAGCUUCAUAAUAUUUUUUCCUAUGAUAAAACAUUUAUUUCAACAUAUCGAUAUGGAGGAAAGUAUAAUACAAGAUUCGGUAGAAAGACGGAUACGAACGAAAUACAUCGAUGAUUCUUGUCACAUGAUCGAAAUAUUUUUAUGGAUCACGUAUACAACUAUUGCAUUCUACGGUAUGUUAUUAUUGUAUCCUAUAAUAUUGGAUUUAAUAAUGCCUUUCAAUGAAUCUCGUAUGUAUAACUAUCAUUACUUUACAUUAUUUUCUGUCAAUCGAAAUUAUUUUUAUAUCUUAUGCUUGGAUUAUAUAUUUGUUAUUACAUUUGGAUUAUUAUCUAUAUUAUGUACGGAAUCGAUAAUCGGCCUUUGUAGUUAUCAUGCAGGAGUGUUGUUUAAAAUUAUUAGCCAUCGAAUACAAAAGAUUAUCGCUUAUUUAACCACGUUUAAUCUCUCAUCGAAGCAAAUUGACACGAAACUCGGGGAACUUUAUCGCGUGGUGGAUAUUCAUAAUCAAGCUAUCCAACUUAUCAAUAUCCUGAUAAAUAAUUCUGGGAAACAGUUUUUGAUAUCUGUUCUUCUAGCCGUAAUUUCGAUGGCCAUAAGUCUGCAUCGAAUUACAAUCUUGACAAAAUACAUAUAG